UUGCAAAUUACGUCAAAUAAGACUAAUAAAUUUCAGGAGCUUGGCUUGGACAUCACCGAUGAGCAGAUCGCAGAGCUCGAGUCUGCUGUCCACGACAUCGACUUUGCAUCCGCAGCGGAGCAUGAGAAGAAAGUGCGUCAUGACGUCAUGGCUCACGUCCACACGCUCGCAGCGAGAUGUCCUCUAGCCGCUCCCAUUAUACACCUUGGUGCUACAUCGUGCUAUGUGGGCGACAACACCGAUCUUAUAGUGUUAAGAAAUGGACUGGAUUUACUGCUACCUAGACUGGCUGCUGUAAUAAGUCGCCUUGCAAGAUUCGCUGAUGAGUACAAAUCACUGCCCAUUCUUGGCUUCACCCAUCUACAGCCAGCGCAGUUAACUACCGUUGGUAAGCGGGCCUCGCUUUGGCUAAAUGAUCUACUUAUGGAUGAACGUGCUUUGUCUCGUGCGAGGGACGACUUGCGUUUUAGAGGUGUCAAAGGUACAACAGGUACUCAAGCUUCUUUCCUCCAGCUGUUUAAUGGAGACUCUGCAAAAGUGCGAGCGUUAGAUAAGCGUGUUGCGGAACUCGCUGGAUUCGAUAAACGCUACAUUGUAACUGGACAAACCUAUUCAAGGAAAGUGGAUUUAGAAGUGAUUUCUGCUCUGUCCGGUCUGGGGGCGACGGUACACAAGAUGUGCUCUGAUAUACGCAUUCUGGCUUCAAGAAAGGAAUUAGAAGAGCCAUUUGAAUCGUCACAGAUUGGGUCUAGCGCUAUGCCCUAUAAAAGAAAUCCGAUGAGAUCAGAGCGUUGCUGCGCCCUCGCCCGUCACUUGAUAACUCUUCACGCUAAUGCUGCUAACACCCACGCAGUACAAUGGCUUGAGCGUACACUCGAUGAUUCUGCCAACAGACGUAUCACACUUGCUGAAGCGUUUCUUACUGCUGACGCUACCCUAAUAACACUUCUCAACAUUUGUCAAGGCUUGGUAGUUUAUCCUAAAGUUAUUGCUCGGAAUAUUGCACAAGAACUUCCGUUUAUGGCAACUGAAAAUAUUAUUAUGGCAAUGGUGCAAGCGGGAGGUGAUCGCCAAGUUUGUCAUGAAAAAAUAAGGGUGUUGUCUCAUGAAGCUGGAGCACAAGUGAAACAGCAUGGUAAAGACAAUGAUUUAAUCGAUCGUGUAAAGAAAGAUCCAUAUUUUAAACCAAUUAUUUCUCAACUUGACAAUAUUCUGGACGCUUCUACGUUUAUUGGGAGAGCGCCCGAGCAAGUAACUGAGUUUAUUGAAGAGGAAAUCGAUCCUUUGCUAACUAAAUAUAAAGAUGUUUUGGCAGAUCUAGAAAAACAAGUUGCUUUAAACAUUUAA